GUUGAUUUUUCGUUCUGAAAGACCGCAUAGUGGUAGUACAUGUAUAUAUAUAGAUCUAAUACAGAAUUUUAAAAUUCAGUACAAACAAUUCAGGGUCUUUGGUUAAAUUAGUACAAACCAAUGUAAUUAAACGUAAAAUUUACAUAUAAAUGCACGCGCUUUUUGUUUUUGCUCGCACAUGCCAUUGCAGUGCAUUUUAAGUGACAUACUACCGCAGUGUUUCACUUAGAGAAAAGAGGACCUUGGUGUGACUUUGUGGGUACGGCCCAGUGUGUCCUUUUAUCCUUGAAAGAGAUGUCUAUUUUACCCCCAUCUCUGAAUUUUUACUUUUUUCUUUGGUUUCUUAUUACACUAGAUCAGGACACCCGAGCAACAGAUUGUGAAUUUUGGAAAAUUUGCUGAAUAAUGAAGCAGAUUUGAGCGGCGGGUGGUGUGACGCCCCUGCAUUCGAUUCCCCGUAGGAGCCCCAGAGAUAAACUCAGAAGCUAUGGAUGGAUACAUAGCCAAGCGUGUGGAGGACAAAAUCCCCCUCCCCACCCAUGUGCCCCACCCAAGGAGGAAUGUGUUCCGUGAGACUACCCGAUUCUAUCAAUUUGCCUUAUUUCUGAUUCCCCUGGGGACGCUGUUCAUCGCUAUCGGGGUGAUUAUCCCCCAUUGGCUGGCUGUACAAAUUGUAAGCUUCGUUACCCUAAAAAAGGAUUACAACAUUGGCUUGUGGGAGAAAUGCGACACCCUGAAGGAAAAAUGUGAAGGUCGUCUUGAUUCAACUCUCAAAGAUUUCGAGUUCACCGUGAGGGCUUUUGCCGUGUCUGGCCUGAUUGUCUCCUUCGUUGCCUCCGUGUUGAUUGUCCUGUGUGUUUUCGUCCCCAAAUUUUCUGAGCGUACCCUGUUCCAUGUAUUGACUUCUGGAGUCUGUUACCUGGGAGCGUUCUUGUCCCUGAGCAGCAUCAUAAUUUACGCCUCUGAACACAAGAUAAACAGGGCAUAUACGUUGUCAUAUUCCUUCUACCUCAUCUUAUUUGGCGCGUUUUUUGGGAUACUAUCGUCUGCCAUUUUGAUAAACGUUUACGUGUAUAGAAAAUGGAAAAACGAGAAAAGAAUGCUGAAAAUUUCACAGAGAGAGCUUAGGGUUGUGGAUUCACAACCAAGAGGAAGAGAAAGUGACUAUGGCGAUGAACAGGACGAUGUGCAGAGCGAGAAGAGACAGUAUAGCGAUGACGAUCGAGACAGAUACAGCGAUGACAUGUCGAAGCACAGUGACAAAUUUUCAGCGAAACAAAGCGAGUUUUGAAAAUUUGUGAACAUGACAUCGUGCUUGAAAUGCCAGGGAUUUACGUAUGUCUAGAAUGUGGAGGUUUUUGAGGACACCGCGAGACAAUCAAAUUACCGGGAAUAUUCAGUGCGGGAAUAUUCUAGCUGUUCCCGGUUUGUCCCAAGUUGCCGAUAUAUUAUACAUGGGCUUACUUCAGUAUUACACGGACGAUACAGGAAAGAGAAAUAUCGUUUCAUAUCUGUGUAUCAAGGACACAAAUCGUGUGUAUAUGAGAAUUGUUUUCAGAUAUUUAUAUUGUUUCUAGUGUAUUCUAGAACGUGCGACACCCAACGAUUACCGGAAGUAGGCGGCGUAGCUCAUUGUGUCUCAUGUAUUGAUACUAUCAAUGAUAGUGUUACUCAACCAGUGUCUAUGUGCUUGUGUGUCUGUCCGUUUCAAACAAUGACGGUUCAUUUUUGGGUUUGUAUAUAUGUAUGAUGUAGUGAAUUCAUUUAAAUUCGCGUAGCCAAUUUCGGUAAUUUGCGGAUUUCUCUCUAGUGAUUUUUGGGAGGUUGGAUUCCUUUCAAUUGAUACAUGUACGUCACAAGGUUAAAAAAUAUUAUGAAAAUUGGGCAGCCGCGAAAAUUUUAUUUCAUAACUGUAUGUAGGGUUAAUUUAGUAUUAGUGGGUCGGACUUUGGACUGGACAUGUGAAAUAGAAGUAUAUAACGUAUUUUCUGGUGAAACUAAACUCUGUACGUGUACAGGUAAUGCGACCCUGAAUUUCUUGGUAUGUCACUUUGAAAUAGUUUUGUUGUGUCGUUUGUGUGUAUAAAGAUAUCAAGCACUUCAGUUUAUUUGUGCACUGCCACUCACAUAUAUACUUAUUAAUCCAAGAAACAUGCGUUAAAGAAAGUACCUACUUUUAUUUUUGAUAUUCCAUAGUUUACUAUAUAAUGUCAUUCAUGAACAGUAAAUACUUCAUACAGCGCUUUAGGCAUAAAAGAUAUAGUUGUAUUUAUUUUCAAAUAUUAACAUUUCUUUUGCUUUUGAUAUCUUAAUGAUAGCCGUUUCCUCAUGAAUGCGUAGCAGAUGUAAACAAUGCGCGUUUGAAUUUUGAUAAAUAUAGCGCGUUUAAUUUAACGGAUGAGAAAGUCCGACAGAAACAGAGUAGACUGUAGAUAUAAAUUUGAAAAUACACGAGGACAGGAACCGUAACGCUUCACGCCUGGAUACUUCUGUUAGUUAACGCGCUUCAUUAUGUAUUCUGGCGUGAAGCGUCGCAGUUCAUACCCUCAUGUAUUACCAGAAAUUAAAUUUAUUACUUUAAUACAGAGUUAUCUGCCCUGUGCACACUCUGUAGGACGUUAUCUUGCAUGCCAAAUGACCACCGAUAAAUUUGUUAUUGGUGAAUAGGAGCAAAAAUCAAAAAUGAAAAUAUGUUGCCCGACCAAUCAUCUACAUAAUACAUAUGCUACUAUAAAUAUACAUGCACUUGUAUUACAUUCAGUCACUUAAUAGAAUAAUAUAUAUUUAGUGUUAGCUUUUGUAAUAAUAAUCUACUAAACAACUCCAGGCACACAUUCUACGUAAUUUUUUAUCGUAAUUUAUUAUAUUCAUAGACCAUGCACAUCGUUUCAUUUUAUAUGUAAGUUAUUAUUUAUGUAAAACUGUAUACUACAGGAAAAAUAAAAAAGAGAAAAAUCGUA